UGCUCAAACGAUUAGUCUUUCCAAAGGGCCUUUCGGGCCCGGUGCCGACAGAACUUUUGAUGAUUCACCUGAGACGCUCCUGUUUUCCUUCUGCCGCUCGGCGUUCGUGCGGCGCGCGGCCGAGCUUUCCCCGCUCGCAGGUACUACGUAGUGCGCCGGCGUGAUGUGUGUAAGUGUAUGAUAUGUUCUUUUCUCUAGCUCUAAGUAGAGCCGCCCCGCCGGCCGCGACCGCGCCAAUCCUGCUCAAGUGGGCAGCCCGGGGUUUUGCGAGUGGGUUUCGUCAUGGGAGAAAGCCACGCUCGCGGCCUGCGGAGUGAGCCUACUAGCCGCAGCCGAGCUCCAGCAGCUUCUUCACUUGAGUUUUUGCCCUACUUUUUUGGGGUUACCCUCCCCCGCGCUGGCGCUUAUAGGGCCGCAAAUACGAGGACACACGCGCCCUGUGAGACCUCCUCCGCUGGGAUGCGUGCAGGGGUCUGCGCGAAUGCGAAUAACAAUUAAUUAGCCUGCAAUUUGCCCAUGCGGGCGGCGCGGCGCUUAUUUGCUUGUUGCGCGCACUCUAAGCCCGCGCGCGACCGGGAAAAAGGCUUCCCGAGCCCUCACUCGUGGGCAGAUAACUUUGGACCGCAGCCCGGACACGGCAGGUCACGGCAGCACUCGAUUUGACUUGCCCGCCGCUUGCCGUCUCAACAGCUAAAUACAGAGUCACGAGCCGUGUCCCGCGGGCCCACAAGCGAUCACAGACCACUAUGAGCAGCCCCGCGAGUCAACCGGACCGCAAGAAGGCGAGAAGGGCCUGGACGGGCGAAUGCCGCACGUGCGGCGCGCGAUUUAGUGGAGACGGCGCCUGGAACACGCGCGCGGCCCACGAGCGCGCCUGCGGGCAAUCUAUAGCUCCCAUUCCCGUGACGCGCGAGGCGAGCGACGAGCCCUACGCGCCGCAUCGCGACCCGGCGUCGCCGCAGUCGCUCGUGAGGCGCGCGUCGCUGUCGAAACGACCGGAUCUCGAGGAGACGCCGGCGCCGCGCGUGUCUGGGAGGAAAACGAGACCCGUCGAGCUCUACAAUCCAUUGCUCGAGGCCGCAAGGCCGCAGUGGGGCGGCCUCGAGUCUCCGCGGUCUCCCGCACCGAGGCAGUCUCUUGGAGUCAAGUCACCCGUACAAUACGCUCCCGAUGAUAGGAAGUUCGAACCUAUUGAUCCGGCGCAGAUUCCCGACGUCGGUGCUACUUUGGAGGACGAUGCGUUACUCUAUGAGAAAUUGUGGCGGCCGUCGGGCGACCCGGGCGCCGACCUGGCUCUGUUGAGGAGAGUCGUGCCGCAGCACACGGACGAACCUAUCCAGAGCGAGCACCCCGACGCGGAUAAUGCAACGAACCCGAUGCCUCGUGAAGCAAGAGCGCUAGCGGCUCUACAGACAUCAAGCAGAGACCCGGACCAGGCUAAAUUACUACUAGAGAGGCGCGACGCCGCGUUUAGAACCGCAAAAAUAGGCCCCGGGCCGUCGGCGUGCGACGCUUUGCUCGUCGAGCAUGGUGGUGAUGUGCAGUACGCGGCUCGCUUGUACGCUCCGGAGAAGCGGGCGGCGACGCGCGGCGCUCUGUUAGCUCGCUUGUACGGCCAGCCGCGCGUCCAGGCCAACUUGUUGGGAGGUGAUGACUCUUCAGCGACGUCCAAGAGUGUAGAAUCGGAUAGCGAUGACGACGCGCCGUCCGCGCGCGUCGCGGUCGCGGACGCCUGGGAGGCGGAACCCCAGUUGCCCGCGGGUGCUUUGAGAGCGGUACCUAGAGGUGCCAAGCGAAGGUUCUACCGACGAGCACGAGCAAGAUGGGGUUCGGACCAUUGGACCUUUGAUCGAGGGCGCGGGCCCGUGCAGACGACGUGUCCGCUCAUCUGCGAGCCGGGGAAACCGCGAGCUAGAUACGCUGUGCUACCGGUCGACUUUUACGUCGACAGCGAUGAUGGGCACGCGAUGCUCGUGUUCCGCUGGUUCUACAAAAAGUCCGACAUCGACCGGAAAGCACUAAACGCGCUGAAGAAGGACGACCCGUUCGAUGCGAGGGAUGAAUUGGCGCUGGGCCGGGGCAUCUACGAAACUCCUUUGGAGUACGUGAGGGGCGCGACGACGGUCUUCGCCGAGGCCGGCGUCGGCCGGUACUGCGCGCGCGACUAUGAUGAACAGAAGGGGAAGCUGUAUAAGAGGCAACUAUAGUA